AAUCAAAAGUUUGAGAACGCAUGACUUAAGAAAACUAUAAAAGACGGCGACUUUGCAACGAUUUGAGCAAACAUUAUUUUAACUUAAUACUUUCGUUAUACUCAAUACAUUGAAAAACUUCCAUUACAGUUGAAGAAUAUUUUUUUCGAAGAAAAAUCACUUAAUAUAUAUGUUUAAAAUGUCUUUGUUGCCUUACAUCGUCGAACAAUUAUCUCGCCCAACCAUGUACGAUCAACAUUUCGGGAUGGGCAUUAUGGACGAUGACAUGAUGUUACCAACCAUGUCAAUGUGGCCAGCUUAUAACAGCAGAGUAUACCACCGACCAUCAGCCAUGUGGCCAACACACCGUAGUAGUGGCUUGUCUCAUAUUCAAAACGAUCACAAGAACUUUAAAGUCAACCUCGACGUGCAACAGUUCAAGCCCGAAGAAGUUUCUGUUAAGGUCGACAAUAACGGCUAUAUUGUAGUUCAGGGCGAACACGAGGAACGCAGUGACGAACAUGGUUUUGUGUCCCGUCAAUUCACCCGUCGUUACAAAAUGCCAGAAAAUGUUGACCCAAACACAGUCAUGUCUCAGCUAUCAUCAGAUGGUGUACUCAGCAUCAUGGCUCCCAAAAAGACUUCUGAUAAGAGUGGAGAACGACCCGUGCCAAUUGUUCAUACAAAUCAACCAAGCAUUAAGGUGACCAAAGAAAAAGAUCAUUCUCAACAUAAUGGUGAAAAACAAUCUACAAAAAAUUAAGUUACACUUAACCAAAGUUUUAUUUGUUUUAUUGAAUUUUAUUAUGUUUUAUUUUAAAUUAUGUUCAAAUUUUUUAUAAAAAUAUAUACGUGAAAUAAUGUUGUGAAUUAAAAAAAUUUGUUUAUAAUAAAUUACAAUAUUAAAAAACAAA